GAUAGAAGAAGAAAAAGAAUAAGAAUGUUACAAGAACAACAGGGUCCUAGACAUACAGAGAUACUGUUGAGAAAGGAGGAUAGCGAAGGAAAGAGAAAGGCGUUGAAGGAGAAGUUUGUAGAGAUAUAUGAAGCGUUCUUUAAUGGAGAGGAUCCGUCAAAGGAUCAACCAUCAUUCUGGGAGCAACUGUUCUUGAUCAAAGUCAACAUACCAUUCCUCGAGCGAUGUAUCAUCCUGACAUCCGAAGAUCACCUCUUGGCAUUGAAGCCCAACAUCAACAAGAUCUUCACUCACUGUUGUCAAUGGCUAAGGAACUCUGAUGCAAUUAGGAUAACUCAUAUUCUCGAGACAUUGAGUGUAUUCCUCAAGAGUAUCUUUAGAAAGAAGUUCAACAACUUUGGAUUCGAUAUACUUAACAUCUUGUGUGGCAUCGAUGCUGCUGAUAUAGUGUUCAAAGAACUGAUCACUGACUUGCAAAGUCUACUCAAGCAUUCAGAGGUCAAGAUUAGAAUUGGAUCAAUCAACUUGAUCAAUAUUAUUGUGACAGCAACAGAGUUUAUCAAUCAGAAUACAUUGCUUCAGUUCUUUAUGGUUGUAGACCUCUUCCCCUCACUUAUGGACGCGAUCGUUGAUGUUGGCAUACCAAAACCAUCAAGAUUCCAUGCGCUCACAAUCCUUGUAUACCUGUCCAACUUCCAGAAAUACGAGAUACAGAACCCUUACAACAAGAGUCUAGCAGCACUGGCCGAUGCUGAUAAACUCAAGGGAUUGACAGAGUUGAUCGCAGGCGGACUAGAUGAUCAAUGCAAGUUCUACUCUGAGCAGUAUGGCGAACCAAACCAGACCAUGAUGUCAAGAAUGAGUGGAUAUCUGAGCAGCUGGGUCUACACUCCCGUCACAGUCAAGCCAUGCUCAUCAAGCGACACUGGAUCAUGCCUAAUGAUAUUGUAUGAGCUAUGUUACCAAAGCGAAGCAUUUGUACGAUUGUUGACAUCAGGUGGUCUUACCUCACAUAACAACUGCCCCGACAUCAUCCGUCACUUCCUGGUCUACUGUGGUUAUCUAUCAUCAGACACUCUCAAAGAGUCCAAGAUCCUCUUCACCAAACUCUGUCUCAACAUCCUCAUAUGCAUGUCAGAGAGACGUGAGCUCGAGGACUACUUCCACGAUGUAAAGACCACUUGCUACAUAUUCAUUUAUUCAAAGAAAUCAUUGUAUCCUGAUCCAAAGGAAUUGGAGAAGAGUCCAUUGUCAUGUCAUGUGGUCGAUGUCAUCAAUCAGUUUAUCAAGUGCAAUCUAAAGGGCAAGUUGCCUGCAGACAUCCAUCAAAAGUGUGUCAACUGCAUUCAACGUAUUGUUGCCUACAAGAAGAAGACACAGUCCAGACUGCCAAUCAAAUGGAUAGACACUUGGUCCACUCUCUUCUCAUUCCUAUCCUCAUUGUCUGCUUCGGACAAAUCACUUCAUACUGAACUGUUGCCAGUUGGAAUUGAUACGAAUGAACAGACUAUCAACAUAUUCAACUUGUUUGUAAACUAUGGAGACUUAUUCUUGCCACAACCAAGCGACUAUGAUGACCUGUUCUAUGAGAUUGUUAGGGCGAGCCAGAUCAUUGAUACAUUCUCUGCGAUUGUGCAGAUGGAGGACCCCACCGGACAACUGAUGAACCAUCUACUCAACAUCAAAACGAUCACUCAACACUUUAACGGCAUCAUCCAGACGUGGACUACAGAGCAUCCCGAGGUAUCCCUCGUGUCGGAGCAAGUCAUCAAACUGAUCAAAGAGAACUACGACACAUUGAAGCUCAAGCUUCAAGAGAACCUCGACCAGUAUGAGAGAUUUGUAGAGAGUUCCAAAGAGGCCAGUUUCUACAGGAACCUGGUGCGCUUCCUUGUACAGGACACCAAGACCAAUCUCAAUUCACUCAAUCUU